AGCAUGCUUUUGCGGGCGGGGCGGAGCGGGGACGGAACCGCUCCCCUUUUGUUGGUGCCGGCAGGGCCUGGAGGCGGUGGGGGCGGCCCGGUAUGGGCGACCAGGAAGCGCUGCGGAAGAUCAUCACCACUUUGGCUGUGAAGAAUGAAGAGAUCCAGAACUUCAUCUACUCCCUCAAGCAGAUGCUGCAGAAUGUGGAGGACAAUUCUGCACGAGUGCAGGAGGACCUGGAGGGGGAGUUCCAGUCGCUGUAUGCGCUGCUGGACGAGCUGAAGGACAGCAUGCUGAUGAAGAUCAAGCAGGACCGCGCCAGCCGCACCUACGAGCUGCAGGCUCAGCUGGCGGCGUGUGCCAAAGCGCUGGAGAGCUCGGAGGAGCUGCUGGAGACGGCCAACCAGACCCUGGCGACGGCCAACAACCACGACUUCGCCCAGGCUGCCAAACAGAUCAAGGAUAGUGUGACGAUGGCUCCCGCCUUCCGCCUCUCGCUCAAGGCCAAGGUGAGCGACAACAUGAGCCACCUGAUGGUGGAUUUUGCCCAGGAGCGCCGCCUGCUGCAAGCCCUCGCCUUCCUGCCAGUGCCGAGCACCCCUGAGAUCGACCUGACGGAGUCACUGGUGGCCGAUAACUGCGUGACGCUGUCCUGGAGGAUGCCUGAUGAGGACAGCAAGAUCGACCACUACGUGCUGGAGUACCGCAGGACCAACUUCGAGGGGCCGCCCCGAGCCAAGGAGGAGCAGCCCUGGAUGGUGGUGGAGGGCAUUAAGGGCACUGAGUACACGCUGUCUGGGCUGAAGUUUGACAUGAAGUACAUGAAUUUCCGAGUGCGGGCCUGCAACAAAGCCGUGGCUGGAGAGUUCUCUGAGGCGGUCACUUUGGAGACGAGAGCGUUCAUGUUCCGGCUGGAUGCCAGCACGUGCCACCAGAACCUGCGCGUGGAGGACUUCAGUGUGGAGUGGGACGCCACGGGCGGAAAGGUGCAGGAUGUGAAGACAAGGGAGAAGGACGGGAAGGGCAGGACUGCGUCGCCCGCCAACUCCCCCCGCCAGGUAACAGCACCCCGCUCAGCACCGGGUGUUGGUGGCGGCACCGGCCUCACCGCCUGCCUCCAUCCCAGGGCUGUGCAGUCACCCAAGCGGAUGUCGCUGGGCCGCGCCGGCAGGGAUCGCUUCACCGCCGAAUCCUACACGGUGUUGGGAGACACCUUGAUCGACGGCGACGACCACUACUGGGAGGUGCGGUACGACCGCGACAGCAAAGCGUUCGGCGUCGGGGUGGCGUAUCGCAGCCUGGGCAAGUUCGAUCAGCUGGGCAAGACGUCGGCGUCGUGGUGCCUCCACCUCAACAACUGGCUGCAGGUCAGCUUCAGCGCCAAGCACGCCAACAAGGCCAAGGUGCUGGAUGUGCCCGUGCCCGACUGCAUCGGCGUCUACUGCAACUUCCAUGAAGGAUUCCUGUCCUUCUACAACGCCCGCACCAAGCAGCUGCUGCACACCUUCAAGGCUCGCUUUGCGCAGCCGGUGCUGCCAGCCUUCAUGGUUUGGUGUGGCAGCUUCCACGUCUCCUCGGGCCUGCAGGUGCCCAGCGCUGUGAAAUGCCUCCAGAAACGCAACAGCGCGGCCAGCAGCUCCACGGCCAGCCUGCCCUAAGAGCCCCAGCGACCCCCCGGGGCAGAGCACUGAAUGUACCCAUCACCCCCCCCCUCCCAUAACCACAACCCCCCCCCUCACCCCCAUCACACUCUGUCCUCGCCACGUUCCGGGCGCUGGGGGGGAGGUGGGGGAUGUCAGCCCCCCCCCAGACCCUCACGGUUUGCUGGGUUGGGUGCUGGGGCACCUGUGACCCUCAGGUCCCUCCCCCGUGUG